AUGUUUAUAGCAAUCUGGCUGUUUAUCACUGCCAUCAGUGUUGCUGCACCAGAACGUAUGCAGAAGCGCAUGAUUGGCGGUAGGAAUCUAACCAAUUUGGAGUAUCCUUGGAUUGUCCGGAUAACUGAAGUAGAACCGGAACCCAUCACCCAUGAACCGAAAACGUGUACAGGCGUACUUCUAUCUGAAGACUUCGUGUUGACUGUGGCGAGCUGUUUUGGCAAAAAUCGGUGGGAACUAUUCCAGUCGACGGUUUCAUCCUGGUACAUCGAGAUAAGAAAUGCACUUGGAGAGUUUAUGGUUGCUCGUGAUAUUCGUCUCCAGGUGGAUACCGUAAUCAGGCCGCGAGUGAUCAAAGCAGGAAAACCAAUAAUAAACGAAAUUUAUGAAAAAGGUGACCAGCGCUACGAGGGAAAUGUCGCCAUUCUGAAAUUGGAGAUCGAGGAUCACUCAAAUGCUCUACCGUCGGAGUAUGGAAAAAUUAUGUUUCGUAGAAACGACUCAGAACUAAUGCCCUUGGAAAAUGACACAGGUGUGUAUGUCGGAUGGCACAGAAAGGUCCCCAUAUAUGGUGUCGUGAUACCGCAAUCCACCAAUUUACGCGUCCUUUCCGAGGAUGAUUGCAUUUGGGCCAUGGGUCCUGAAUACAACAAGAAGUCUCAGUUCUGCGCAAAUACAACCCCUUCUUCUACGGUAAUGUUCGACACGGAAGCCACCGGAGGUGUGUUCAUUUUGCAAAAAUCAAAUGACGAAUUUGUUGCUGGUUUAUUAAUUGGGCGUGCAGAGAACGACGGUCCGCUUAUUUUCACUCGUGUGUCCUACUACUACCAAUGGAUUUUGGAAACAACAGUUGAAAUUAUUAAUUGA